AUGGAUAACCCAGAAGUAGAUAGGAAAAAUGCAAAGGAGAAAAAGGGAAAGGAGUUAUUAAAAGAAAGGAGUGAAGAAUUGAAGAAAAGAACAAAUCAGAAUGAAUCAAAAUUUAGAAAGUUUUGUGGUAAUACUGAUUUUAUGUUAAAUGUACCAAAUAUUGAUAGUAACUUGAAAUUUUUAAAGUAUGAAGUAGAUAACAGCAUAUUAAAUUUUAAUUACAAUACCAUGAUUUUAAAUGAGAAAAUUGAGAGACUAAAUGAUAUAGAACGUGAUGUACACAUACAUAUGGAAUUACCAUUUUUAUAUUCCUAUAACAUACAAAAUAAUGACGAUAUUAAAUGCUGGAUUAAUGCUCAAAAUGCCUGUGAAAAGGAGAAAGACGCAUUGGCAGUAAGCGGUAAUAAUAGUACAAGUAAUUGCAGAAGUAAAAACAGGAGUAAUGGCAAAAGUAGUAGUAGCAGUAGUAGCAGUAGUAGCGAUAGAGGCAGUAGUAGUAACAAUAAUACAAUAUUUUUGAGUGACAGUAAAUUGAAAGAGAUUUCUCCUUAUCUACCCGUUGUAACGAAUUUCGAAAAAGACGAUUUAGAUUUAUUAAUUAAGACCAUCCCUAACUAUGUUAGAAGUGUUCAGAAUUAUUUGUUAGCAAAUGAAGAAAAGAAAAAUGGAAAUCACUUAGAAAAGAAGAAAAACUUAUCAAAUGAUCAUAGUCGUGGUUUAACUGAUAGUACUAAUUCAAAAAAAGAUAAAAAGAGAUUACCUUAUAAUCAGUACUUUCAGCACCCACUGAAGAAAAAGGCAAAAAUUAGAAAAAUUUAUCCUGUUUUACCUUACAUAUCUGUAUGGAAAAAUAAAUAUAUACAAGGAAUAAUGGAAAUAGAGAGCACUUAUGACAAUGUAAAAAGUAAAAGUGGCGAAGAUAGGAAGCCCCUUUGUAACGACAAUGGUAAAAGUAGUAAGGGGACGAAAAGCAGUGCUCCCUAUGGCCUUUUACACUUAAUAGAAAAAACUAGAGAUAAGCGCAUAUAUAGUUUAUAUAAAAGGCAUAUAAUGAAUAAUAGUAAUAAUAAUACCUUUAGUAGUAGCGGAAAUGAUGGGAACGUCCUAACUUUUUCGAAGAGUAUACCGGAUAUAUACAAUAUGGAAAAUUUUUAUGAUAGAGGCAGAGGGAUUAGCAGGGAAAGGGAAUACCCUAUAGAAUGCUGCAAUGAUGAUGAACAGAAUGACAUACAGAGGGACACGGACAAAACAAGCAAUGAAUGUAGUGGUAAAAUUGGAAAUGAUGUAAAUAGUGCUAGUAGCGAAACAAACCAUGAUGGCAGCAAAACAAAGAAGCGCAUCAGCCUUAGCAAAUUUCUCAUAAGGAAGCAUAUUUUAAAAUUAAAAAAUAAAGUGUCAGCGGUGUCAACAAUGUCUGCUGAAUCGCACGAAAAGAGUAAAAAUAAAGGGGAUUUAUUAGAUACAAAAAGUGAAGGAAAUAAUGGUAAAGUAAUAACGAAAAAUUGCAAAAAUGUUACAUUCAAUGAAAAAUAUGAAUAUACACUAGUUGAAAAAAAAAUAGAUAAUGAAAAUAAUGCUGAAGAGGACUUGAAAAUAGAAGGGGAUCUAGAAAAUAUAAGCGAAAUACUAGGUGAGAAUAUUCAAUGUUUCAAAUACGUAAGAGAUUACAAAUCGCCGUCUUUUGAUAUAAAUGAAAAGGAUUCACUUUCAUAUGCUUUAAGUUUUUCAAAAAAGAACUUAGCUUUUAUAUUUCCUACCUUAUCUAAAAAAAUUAUCUUCUCAAAAACAGGACAACAAAAAAGAAAAAAUUAUAUUUUAUUAAAAGAGUAG